AUGGUUUACAGAGGCAAACCCAGUCCCGGAUGUGCCUCGUGUCGCGCCCGGCGAAUCAAGUGCGACCAACGGAGACCGUCAUGCUCGCAGUGUCUCCGAGUUGGUCGGCAAUGUACGGGCUAUCGCGAUCUGAAUGCCCUACGGCUCCAUGACCAGAGCGACGAGGUUGCGAGCAAAUCCAUCCAGCGUGCGCCUCCAUCUCCGACCCCAGCAUCCUUAACCCUCAUCCGCAUGGCGGUCCCUGCCACGGACCGUGCGCUGGCAUUCAUGUUCCGACAUUACGUCGGAGAUGCGCAGGCAGACAGUACCACCCGCGGCCAGCUGCGGUUUCUGCACGCCCUGUCCAUGGAGAGCGCGCCGGCGUUGACGGCGUCGGUCCACGCGGUCGGGUUAGCGGCGCUGGCGAAUAUCCACCGGUCGCCGCGGUUGAUGCUGGAGGCUCGGACGGAGUACGGCCAUGCUCUGCGAGCCACCAGUGCUGCGCUGCGCGAUGCGUGCACGGCGGAUUCGACGCUGGCGGCGGUGGCGCUGCUGAGCAUGUACGAGAUUGUCAACUGCGGAGACUCCUCGCUGAUAGGAAAAUGGUCGAAACAUAUCCAGGGCGCGAUGAAGCUAGUUCGGCUACGCGGGUCGAAGCAGUUGGAGAAUCCCAUCGGGUUGGAGAUGUUCACCGUUCUGCGCAUGCAAAUGGCUCUGGACAGCAUCUACCGCAAAGCAUACACACCCGCCUGGCUACUCCAGCUCUCCCAGGAGGCGCUGAUGCACCACGCGCCCGCGGAACGAGCCCUCGAUAUCUUCUUCGUGUAUGUCGCCCGCGUCGGCGACUUUUGCGCGUCACUCCACUCGACUCAACCCGACCAGCCGCAUCAGGUCAUCAGCGAGGCCCUGGAUCUCGACACCGCCCUCGUGAACUGGGCCAUGACGCUAGGUUCCCGAUGGACGUACACGGUGGUCCGCACCCCUCCCUCGUCCGACAUGAGCUCCGCGCACCGCCCCGUCUACGGCGCCACCUACCACGUCUACCCGGACUCGGUGGCCGCGCUCCUCUGGAACUUCUCCCGGUUCGUCCGCCUGAUCAUCCACGCCGUGAUCCACGGCUUCAGCACGAAAUUCGCGCAGGCGCCCGCCCACGCGGCGCGGCGCACCGAGUACGCCACGCUGGCGCGGCAGAGCGCGCGGAUCCAGACGCAGCUGGCGGAGGAGGUCUGCGCGAGCGUGCCGCCGCAUCUCGGGCCGGAGGACGGGUUCAGCGGCACGGGGGCGCUGCGGUUGAUCUGGCCGCUGUUCCUGGCGGGGGGUGCGGACGGCGUGGGUGCGGAGAUGAAGGCGUGGAUUAUCGGGUGUUUGGAGCGGAUUGGGGGCGCGGUGGGGAUUCACCAGGCGGUUUUGAUGGCGGGGCUGUUGAGGAGGGGAGGGCAUUUGGAAUUGUGGGAUGAUUGA